AUGGUAGGCGAGGCAGAUGCCGUUGUUCAUGCCAUCGGCCUGUUGUUUGACGUGAACAGCGGCCUCACGAACCUUAACAUCAUUGUAAGUGGAUCCGGUUCCGUGCCAGAUGAUGCAAGCACCUACGACAAAACUACUCGCCAGACGGCCUUCAACGUAAUCAAUGCCAUCAAGGGCCGUAUCCGCAUGCCUUUCUCGCCACCAAUGCCAAUGAUGUUUGUUUCCGCGGCGGAGGCGGGCUGGCCAGACGUGGCACUAGGUCCGCAGGUAGAGAACGUGGCCCCAGCCUGGCUGAAGGAGUAUCUGGUAGCCAAGCGCGCGGUUGAGAGUGAGCUCACAGCAAGUGCGGACACAAUCAGGUCUGCCAUAUUCAGGCCCUCCUUGAUCUGGAGCUGGACGAAAUUUGACGUUCUGCCAGUCAUUCCUGUGUUCAACUUGCUGAAUGCACUUGGCGUUCCCUUCGUCGACAAGACAGUGACCGUUACCACCCUGUCGAGGGCCAUCGUGGCAGGGCUCGAGAAUGAAGGUGUCAGCGGCGUUCAGCGUUUUCCUGAGAUGGAAGAGCUAGAGAAGAAGGUUGCCUGA